AUACUUUACGAUUACGAGCAAAGUGGAUUAAUAAUAGUGCAACUUUUUGUGUUAGAAGUACUGAAUGUUCAACAUAUAUUGAUGGAAUUAAUAAAAAUUCUCCAUUUUAUCAAUAUUGUAAAAAUGCAAAUAUCAUGGAAUUAUUAGAAUACUUCAAUGAUCCUGAAGAUUGCACUCCCAAAUUUUGGAAUCAGUUAGCAAGAAUGAGACGAGCUAGCGCAUUUAAGGACAAACAAAUUUUUUCUGGAUUGUGUGAAAUUUUUGUGAAAAUAACAAAUCUACUACCGUUUGUACUUGAAAUUAUUUCAAAUAAUAGCAAAAAUAUAUCUGAUGUAUAUGAAAUCCAUAAUCAAGUUUUAAAUCUUACUGCAUAUUUUAAGAUUCAUAUAUUAUCAAUUGGAGUUGAUAGCACAUCAAUAGAAAUUAAAGUACAAAAGAAUAUUAUGCAAACUAAUACUGAAAUGAAACUUGAAUUUAUUGAUGAAUUAUAUG